CAAGAUCAUAUAAUAUCUCUGGCGCCCCAGCCCGAAUUCGGGUUUUACACACCAAGUUACGUAAGCAGCUCACCCAUUUGUUACCCACAUCCGUAAUUUUCCACGUCGUACGGUCCGAGUCGCUCUUAUUACAACGUUCUUAUUUAUACAUUCCUUCUCUUCUGUAAAAAAAAAUGAAAAUAACAAGAGAUCACGCUCUUUGUGCAUUGUUCUGCGAAGAGUUUAAUGAGCAAAACGUGAUUCUGCUAAGAAAGCGGUUGGAGAAAAUGAACGAUUUUGAAAUCUGCUACGAAAGCGAUCCAGCAAAACCGGUCUUACUGCCACUAAGAAGAUUGUAUGGCAACCCUACUAAUUAUCAUAAAUACGACAUAGUGGAAGGUAUCAAUGAUAAGCAAGUUGUUGAAAAGUUUUAUUCGACAUAGAAAGAAGACGAUGUUCAAACCGCUCUCGUCAAUUUUGUCAACUUUCGAUGAGUCUAUUGUGCUCCAGGACAUGGGUCUAGUGUGCUGUGAUCAUCUUUAUCACCAAUCGAAAUUUUUGUGAUAGGAAAUAAAAAUUAACUCUAAUUAAUCAUCAUAUUCUUGAUCCAGAGAAGAAUGUGUGGGAACCUUCAAGUUCAUGUUCUUUUAUCCUCUGGACGAAUCUCAAAUAUUUUGUCACUUCCA